GUUUAACACAAAACAGGAAGGGGAGGAAGAUUGCAACAUUAAAAGUUACGGACAGCUCUAAUAAAAGACAAGUGAGACAGAGACGAUAUCAGUGGGUGUGAGAAGAGUUUACGAACAGAGCGUGACAGAGUGCUGCGUGCAGAUAUGAUGAAGUCCGGGUGUGUCGCUUUGGCCCUGCUCUUAUUUGUAAAGGGUUCCUUUUGCCAGCUGAAUGUAUGCGGUCGUGCACCUUUAAACACCCGUAUCGUGGGCGGACAAAACGCCAUUGCUGGUGCGUGGCCGUGGCAGGUCAGUUUGCAAAACCUUUACUCUGGUGUCCAUUUUUGUGGAGGAACCCUCAUCAACAAGGACUGGAUCCUAACCGCAGCACACUGUUUCGCAAGCUCCACUGAUCCCCGCACCCUGGUCGUGUACUUGGGGAAAUACACUCUAGCGGGCUCCAAUCCCAAUCAGAUCUCCAGAGGUGUUACAAGGAUCGUCCGUCACCCCAUGUAUGACUCACGAACCCAUAACAACGACAUCGCCCUGCUGUUGUUGAGUAGCUCUGUCACCUUCACGAACUACAUCAAACCUGCGUGCCUGGCUAGUCAAAGCAGGAGUUUUCCCUCUGGCACUACAUGUUGGCUCACAGGAUGGGGACACAUUGCUUCUGGAGUGCAGCUGCCCUUUCCUGGUGUGCUGCAGGAGGUAGCAGUGCCCAUUGUUUCUAGAAGUGUGUGUGAUAAACUGCUGCAGCCUUACCUGGGAGCUGGAUCCAUUACCCAAAACAUGAUUUGUGCUGGACUCCUGGAAGGUGGAAAAGACACGUGCCAGGGAGACUCUGGAGGUCCAAUGGUGACUAAGCAGGGUGCAAUCUGGGUCCAGGCUGGUAUCACUAGCUGGGGGAUAGGUUGCGCUCGGCCUAAAUUACCUGGUGUGUACACAAUGGUGUCCCAGUACCAGUCCUGGAUAACCAGCACCAUCAGAACAAACCUACCUGGCUUUGUCUAGUUUCCUUCUGCAGGCUAGUCCAAGCAGGUGCUCAUACAGUCACAGAGGAAGACUGCUUGCAGUACUGAUGGUUCUGCCGGCCCAAAUCACACAACUACACACAUUAUAUAAACAUUAGCCUACAUAUAAGAAUAGCAUUACUUAAAACUGCAAUGACGAAAACUGAAAUUACUGAAAAUCUAUGAAAUCAAUGGUGUAAUAGCUUGGAUAUGAUCAACUUGUAUGGAAAAAAAUCUUGACAUGAAUGAUUAAUAAAAAUUCAGCAGCAUGA